UUUUUCCCAUGUUUAUCUUUCUUUUACGCCUGUCUGGUUUUAUUACUUACGUAUCCUACUGUUUGCUUUACAUAAUCUGAUGCUUGUUUGCCAAGCAAGCAAGCGUCACCCAAAAGACAAGCAUGCAACUUUGUACAGCUCCAGUAGCUACCCGUUUCAUUAUUAGAUGAAACUCAAUGGGAACUGGAGGUUUAAUUGUUUUUUCUUUACACGAAUGUUCAUGUAGGCUACUCAACAAUUUCCACUUAUCAUAAAGAGUAUAGUUUGCUGUUAAAGUCUACGCGCAGGUUUCAUAGGUUCGUGUUUUAAUUAGAGUCUGCCCGCUAUACCGAAGUCUCAGUGAUGCGCUGAACGUGCCGCUCCAGCAGUGCGUCUCUCCUCCGCGCGCCUCUCCUCGCAUCCAGGUGUCACAUUCUUCGGAUGCUUGUUAGCAUUUGAACCCGAGACCGGAUCACCAUGACGGACUCCUCCUCUGCCGCUGACCCCACUUCUGGUCCUGUGGGUCUCGGACCUGGUACCGGUUCUGCUCCGGAUCCAGCGGUGACAGAUCAAACGGCUCCUGCAAACGGACAUCAGCCUAACCAGGCGGAUACUUUGAGCAUGGAGCAGCAGAUGAAAAUAGACGAACUGGACGAGAAUGGUCUCCUGGCGAGCAGCAUGCGUCUUAAACCCCACGAGGCCCAGAACUACAGAAAAAAGGCAUUAUGGGUAUCCUUGGUCUCCAUUGUGGUGACUCUGAUCCUCGCCAUCGCUGCGUUCACCGUUUCUGUAAUGCGACAGAGCGCGUCUGCGUUCGGGUUUGCCUUUGACGCUACUCUUGACGUCCUAUCUUCUAUAAUAGUGCUUUGGCGAUACAGUAACGCCGCCGCCGUCCAUUCAGCACACAGAGAGUACAUAGCGUGUGUUAUUCUUGGGGUUGUGUUUAUUCUGUCAGCCCUCACUAUUCUGGGGAAAGCAAUCCAUGAUCUCGCCACAAUGCUUAAACCUGAAGUGGAUGACUUCCUAUACAGCGUCUCCAUUAUCAGCGGUGUGGUGUGCACGAUUCUGUGCGUCUUUAAGUUCAUGCUUGGGAAAGUCCUCACCAGCAGGGCCCUCAUCACCGAUGGCUUUAACUCUCUGGUUGGAGGCGUGAUGGGAUUUUCGAUCCUAAUCAGCGCCGAAGUAUUUAAAAAUUAUCCCAGGGUCUGGUUUCUGGAUGGUACCAUCGGGGUUCUCAUUGGACUGAUCAUUCUCGCCUAUGGAGUCAGGUUGUUGAUGGACAUGGUCCCUCGCGUCAAGCAAACGAGACAUUACGAGCGGUUCGAGUAGGACUUUCGUAAGAAAACGUAAACAAUCUUCUGGAGAUUCUCCUGAGCGAAUAAAACAAACACACCCAGUCUUUUCCUCGCCUCAGGCCAAACGCAACCACACACUUAGCUGUAAAUAUGAAGCCGUAAAACAAGAUUUAAAGAUGUAAAUGUUUUUAUUAUAUUGUUUGAGCUCUUUGCUUAUGAAAUUUCUUUUGAAGGACCAAUGUUAUAAUGUUGAGCAAAGACAGUCUGAGCAAAGCAUUUUAUCAUUUAAAACCAGUGGCAGCCGGUGACUUCUUUUUCGAGGGCGCACGAUGCAAAGUUCGUCACAACAUGUAUGUAGCUCGUCAUGUUUGUAACUUGUCAUGUCAAAAUAUGUGUUCGGCGCGACAUGUAAACUUAUGUUCAUCACGCGUCUUGUCAAAAUAAGUGUCUGUUGCAGACGCUUCGAAGGGGUUUAUGAUAAAAGAGACGCUCAGGUUUGCCAGAUACCGUAUUUUCCGGACUAUAAGUCGCUCCGGAGUAUAAGUUGCAUCAGUCAAAAAAUGUGUCAUUAAGAGGAAAAAAACAUAUAUAAGUCGCACUGGACUAUAAGUCGCAAUUAUUUAGAAAAUUAUUAUUCCUUUUGCGGGCAUUUUGUUUGUUAAGUCUUUCUCUGUUGUUUUAAUGUUUCAGUUAAAAAAAAUGUCAGGGGUAGGCUACAGGAGCAACAUAUAGCGCCCUCUCGUGGCUGUAGAUGGUAAUGUUUUAUUUUGGUUUAUGUUAGUCAUUAUGAAUCAAUUUUGACACAUAAGUCGCACCUGACUAUAAGUCGCAGGAUCAGCCAAACUAUGAAAAAAAAGUGUGACUUAUAGUCCGGAAAAUACGGUACUCGCUUAAUCUCAUGUGUAAUAAGUGAGUGUCUUGCGAGUAUUUUGUGAACGUGAGUGUCUCUUUUAUCAUAAACCCUUUUGAUGCGUGUGCAGCAGGCACGUAUUUUGACAUGACGCAACGAACACAUAUUUUGAAUUUGCGCCCCUCGGAAGACAAGUCACCGACACUGUUUAAAAGCCAGAUUACAUACAGAAGGUGUGUUUCUGACGUAUAAUGUACAAUUUUAGGUACGAUUUGUUCGUAUUAUUAUAUAGACAAACAUAUUUAAUAUAUUCAAAUGUUCAGGUUAUGGGGUAAAAGGUUUAUCAAGUAAACACGUGCUGUUAUUUUUGUAUAAUUUAUUUACAUUUUUUUAAGUUUCUAUUUAUUGUUUUUUAGCUCGUAUCUUUAGUUAAAAAUGUGAAUUUCACAGCGAAUAAAAAUCAACAAAACGUACGAAUUAUAAGAGUUUCUAGGGCUCUCAUUUUAACAUUGAAACUGAGAACUGCCGAUCUAAAAAACUGUAGAAUGCACUGCAAAAUUGACUUUCUUACUUAGUAUUUUUGUCUUGUUUUUUAGUAGAAAUAUCUAAAAAAUUCUUAAAUUAGCAAAAUGACCUUAAAGUAAGUCUUGUUUAUAGCCAAAAAAUAUACAGCUUAAGUAAAUUUAAACUUAAAACAAGCAAAAAUAUCUGCCAGUGGGGUGAGAAAAAAAUCUAAAAAUACGUUUUUUUCCCCUAAACACUUAGGGGCGGUUUCCCGGACAGGGAUUAGCUUAAACCAUGACUAGGCCUUAGAUUAUUUAGGAAAUAUAACUAGUUUUAACAAACAUGCCAUAUUAAAAACAUUACUUAUGUGCAUUUUGAGGCAAAACAAAGGACACUGAUGUAUAUUGAGUGCGCCCUUAAGAUAUGUCCGUGCAAGUUGUUUUCAGUUUGGACAGCUCUUAAAUUUAUUUUAGUCUAAUCCCUGUCCGGGAAACCAUCCCUUAAUUUAGGAAUUUUUUCUCAUCCAGAUAAUUCUGCUUGUUUUAAGCACAAAAUCACUUAAAUUGUAUAGUUUUUGUCUAAAAACUAGACUUAUUUUCUUAGAUCAUUUUGCUCAUCAAGAAAAUACAUCUUGAUUUAAGAAUUUUUUGAUAUUUCUACUGAAAACAAGACAAAAAUACUAAGUAAGGAAGUCAUUUUUUGCAGUGUGGACAAAUAUGAUAGGAGAAAUUAUAGGUCAUAGAUAAAUGUAGAAACAAAUCAGCAUAAAUUAUUUUAAUUUGUAAUAAACAACGGAUAUUUUAAGUUUUUAAUGUUUAUUUCCUGUUAAAAAGUGCCAUCUAUUUGACUAUAUGAAAUAUAAAGUGUAUUAAUGGACACAUGGGGAAUUUGCAUAUCUAAUACUGUUACAUCUAUUUUAAUAUUCUCAAUGUCAAAAUUAAGAUUUUACAUUUGAAACUUUUCAAGAAACUAAUCUACAUUAAGUAAUUUCCAUCAUUCGAUCAAGAAAUUCGCUGUUUUUAAAAAGCUUUUUUUGUUCCUUAGCAGAGUUUCACAUUUGUGCUUGGGGGGCAAACAAAGUACUGCAAUACUUUGAGAUUACAGAGAAAGUUCAUAAUAAUACUACAUUUUAUUUAUAAUGCGCUUUUCUCACACCCAAAGCUACAACUGCAUAAACAAUUCAAUAAAGUACGACAUUAAAACAAAACAAAAAACUAAGUAUUAAAAGCAAUCUUAAAAAGAUGUGUUUCUUAAAAAAGCUUAGUGUGGUUGCACUACAAACAAUUAAGGAAGUACAUUCAUAGUUUUAAAGAUGGUUUAAAUGAAUUAAAACUAUUAUAUACUCAACUAAAAUAUUAAGAUUUGACAAAUAAAAUGAUUUCUUAUACUUUUAUUUCAUUAUUAGCUCAAACAAAAUCAUAAUUGGCUCUGAUAUGGGGGGCAGUGGCCCCCCUGAACCCCCAAACUCUGCAUAUGUCCUUUAAUAACAUAGCUGCACAAUGUAAACACAUACAAAUCUUUCACACUGGAUUAAAACUAAGUUCUGUACAGUCCCUGUGUUAUAGCUUCCAGUUUUGCGUACGGCUUUUGUAGUUAAUUAUUAGGUGGCACACGAACGCGUUACUUGUACAGUAACAAAGCCUUAAAACUUGACCCUUCAUGAUGUGAAGUUAUACGUUCUGUAAGUAUUACAUAGACUGUUGUAAUUUUGCCAUGAAAUUUGGCUACUUAAAUGUAUAUUUGGAAAAAGCCAAGUUUCUGAGCGUUUUAUGUAGCAAAUAUAACGUAGCUCCGAGGAGCACAUGUGACAGUCACACUGCAUAGAUACUCGAGUAUAGUUCGAUUUCAUGUUAAAAAGCAAAUUUAUGCUUUAUAAUUCGUUUUUAUGGAGAACUGAGUGAUUUGUGAUGUUUUUCGGGUGUGUGGUAUUUCACGGGCUGGUCUGAUUUACUGUUACAUUAUUGACAUGUUAAAUACUUUAAGGUCUUGUUAAAGGGACUAAGUGCAGGAACACAUCGCCCCUUUAAACGACAGUUUUGUUUGCACAGUUUGUUAAAGCACAUAUAUUGUGUGAUUGGGUCACAGACUGAAUUCGCAUAACUAACAAACGCAGAGCUGAAUUCAAUCCAGGUCCGGUUGGCUUACCAGAAUGUCACGUGAUAUACAGUAUGAAUGUAUAUAAAACUGUAUUGCUGUGAAAGUACACAUGGAUAUUUACACAAAAAUGUCUGUUGUCACAGAAAAAGUUUAUUUGAAAAAUAAAGAUAUAUCCUACUGAUUCUUCAAAAUAAACAAACAAAAAAAAAA